GUGAUGAUCUUUACCCACUCCUAUAAACUGAAGUAGUGCAGUACAGUGCAGGUACCCAGUGUAGCCGGGCCAUGGCUAGCUCCUCCAUGAGCGUAGACCAGACCACCAUCACAGGAGAUGACACGAGCAGUGACGCUAAGAGACAGCGCACCUCUCAUAGAUCCGUGCUUAGAGUACUCAAGAAGAAGUCUCUACUCAGACGAAAAUUGCUCUCCAAAGAGUUUGGUCUGAGCAGCUCCAGUGAGCUAGGACGAUCGUUGUGUGGACGGAGGGAACACGAGGAGAUUAAGAGGUUACAGGUCAAAAUCAACCCCGCCAAAUACAGGUUUAACUUUGAGUCGCGUCGAUCGAGAAAAGAAACAAAAACCGACGAACAAACUGAGGCUGUUGCCGAUGGCGAUGUGGAUACCUACAAAGACUCUAAUGUGUUUCUAAAGGGCACACAGAGCGCCAACCCUCACAAUGACUACGCUCAACAUUUUGUGGACACUGGACAAAGAGCUCAGAACUUUAUUAGAGACGUUGGCAAGGAGGAGAGGUUCAGGGAAUACCCAAAGCUGCAUGAGCUGAUAAGACUCAAGGAUAAACAGAUACGUGAUCGAGGUACUCAGCCAAUGUAUUUGAACUGUGACCUCAAGACCUUUGACCUUUCCACGCUGGAAUCAAAGUUUGAUGUUAUACAUGUAACCCCACCCCUUGAACAAUAUCAGCGGCGUGCCAGUGGUGUCGUGUUUCCAUGGAAACCCUGGGAGUGGGAAGAAGUGAUGGCUCUCAAGCUAGAGGAGAUUGCAGCGCAAAGGUCAUUUGUGUUCCUUUGGUGUGGGUCAGCAGAGGGUCUGGACAUGGGCAGAGAGUGCUUCAGGAAGUGGGGAUACAGACGAUGUGAGGAUAUUUGUUGGGUGAAGACGAACACUAGUUGCCCUGGUAACACGGGUCACCUUGACCCGAAGGCUAUCCUGGUCAAUGUGAAGGAGCACUGUCUCAUGGGGAUCAAGGGAACGGUACGCAGGAACCAAGAUGGGCACUUCAUACAUGCUAAUAUAGACCUGGACAUCAUCAUUACUGAAGAGCCGGAGCUUGGUAAUAUCGAAAAACCAGAAGAGAUUUUCGAUGUAAUUGAACACUUUUGUUUGGGCAGAAGACGACUUCACUUGUUUGGAAACGAUUCUACUAUUAGACCAGGUUGGCUCACUGUGGGACCUGAAAUCACCAGCUCUAACUUCUCUAAAGAGCUCUACAGUUCAUUCUUCACUGGGACUGAUGGAUUCCUGAUGGGCCAGAUUGACGAGAUUGAAUCCAAACGUCCCAAGACUCCACCCCCUAGAGGAGGUGGGCGUGGCUCUGGGAGGGGGCGUGGUGCGACCUCUGGACCUGGGCGGGGAAGAGGACGUGGCAGUGGAUUCUGAGACAGUGUAUAGCUAGCGGACAGAAUAAUUGUCACAUUGAGACUAUUAUUAAUAAUUAAUUUUUCCUACAUAAUUAUGUUGACUGAUUUA